AUGGCGAUUACAUUUGCGGCGAAGGACGAUGGCCGUGCCGAACCGUGGAAAUGUGGACUGGUGGAAGAGUUUUUGCGACAGUUGCAUCCAGUACAACCGACAGAGCCUACAACAGAAAAGCUGAUCGUCGAGUCAGUUCGUCGUUCUUUACCUUUCGAACCAGUCAGUGGUGUAAACUUCCGUCGCACAGUCUGCGAACGAGAUUGGGAAGAGAACCAUUGUGUUGGCCAAUUUGAAGGUCGAAAACCGAAGAUCAAAGCCACGGUACUGUGCUUGGAGAAAAGGAGCCUUUCUUCGGAAGGGCUCCUUAUGGACAGUGGAGAAAGUGAGGAGCGAAAGGUGGACAGAAUUGGACGGAAUGGAGAUGAUCGGACGGCACCGUUUGACGGCCCCCAUCCGGCUAUUGGUCGCUGCUGGACGGCCAAAGGGGGACGCGGCGGUGCGGGAGUAGCUGGAUUGCAAUGGAAAUAAAAGGUACGAGGAGCGGGAAGAGCGAGGAUGUGGCGGAUGAAGGGAGGAUUGCGGAGUUGCCGGGAAGGAGCAGGUUUGGAAUCGGCCCGGUAGGGCGAAGAAGAAGAAAGGUAUGUGAAGAGAAGAAAGAAGAGUGGCUAGAAUAGGAAAGAAAGGAUUAGUAGGGAAAGAUAGGGAAGAGGCAGGAAGAAAGCGGAGUGAAUAAAGAUGUGAAAGGA